CAUUUCCCUAGUAGUAACACACACACCCUGCUCAGCUGUCAGGCUGCCCGUGUGAUGUGUGCGGGCAUUAGUGUGCGCAGCGCUGUGCAGCCGCGUGCCUCCUCCUCCGUCUCGCUUUGUCCUAGCGACAGCGGCCCGUCCGCCCGGGGAGCGCUGACUAGGCGGCAGCUGCCAUUACUAUUUACUCGCCCUUCCCCGUGUGCUACUGCUGCCGCCGCUGUAACCCCUAUAUUCAAGGCUAAGGGGCCAUGUAAGGACACCCCGCUGGAUUAUUACAUUAUUUACCUCGGAAGGCGGACGCCUCGCACGCCCCUCCUCACCCCUCCCCCACACGGUGCUCCGAGCCGGCCCUCCGCUCAUUGUUGCUUGGCGCCGGGUCCAAUAUGGCGCUGUAAUGUAACGCCGCCGAGCGCAGGGAGAAGUGAGACCCGGGGACCGGUGGGGGGUAGUCACCAGCACUGACCGUAACAUACACACACACAUCCGUACUUCUCCACCGUCGCUGCAUCGGGACUAGUAGUAUGCUCUCAGGACAUGGGCGAGAAGCUGGAACUCAGGCUCAAGUCGCCGGUGGGAGCCGAGCCUGCCGUCUAUCCAUGGCCGCUGCCUGUCUACGAUAAGCACCAUGAUGCUGCAAAUGAAAUUAUUGAGACCAUUAGGUGGGUUUGUGAGGAAAUCCCGGAUCUGAAAUUGGCCAUGGAGAACUAUGUACUUAUAGACUAUGAUACAAAAUGUUUUGAGAGCAUGCAACGGCUGUGUGAGAAGUAUAACCGAGCCAUUGACAGCAUACAUCAGUUGUGGAAGGGCACCACCCAGCCCAUGAAGUUGAACACUCGUCCAUCCACUGGUCUCCUUCGCCACAUAUUACAACAAGUCUACAACCACUCUGUGACCGACCCAGAAAAGCUUAAUAACUAUGAGCCCUUCUCUCCUGAAGUUUAUGGUGAGACCUCUUUUGAUCUGGUGGCCCAAAUGAUAGAUGAAAUCAAGAUGACAGAGGAUGAUUUGUUUGUUGACCUUGGAAGUGGUGUUGGACAAGUCGUUCUGCAGGUAGCUGCAGCUACUGGAUGUAAACAUCAUUAUGGAGUGGAGAAGGCAGACAUCCCAUCCAAGUAUGCAGAAACCAUGGAUAAAGAGUUCAGAAAAUGGAUAAAAUGGUAUGGGAAGAAACAUGCAGAGUACACACUGGAACGUGGAGACUUCCUCUCAGAGGAAUGGAGGGACAGAAUUGCCAAUACCAGUGUUAUUUUUGUGAAUAAUUUUGCCUUUGGUCCUGAGGUCGACCACCAGCUAAAGGAGAGAUUUGCCAACAUGAAGGAAGGUGCCAGAAUUGUAUCCUCCAAACCAUUUGCACCUCUGAACUUCCGAAUUAACAGCAGAAAUCUGAGUGACAUUGGCACUAUAAUGAGAGUUGUUGAACUGUCACCACUCAAGGGCUCUGUCUCCUGGACUGGGAAGCCAGUUUCUUAUUACCUGCACACCAUAGACCGGACUUUACUUGAAAAUUAUUUUUCCAGUCUGAAAAACCCAAAACUCAGGGAGGAGCAGGAAGCAACACGAAAAAAGCAGCAGCGGGAAGUUAAGAGCAAUACCACCACCCCUACAAAAGUGCUGGAAACCAAGGAUUCUGGCACUGAGGAGGAGAAGCCAGCUUCUGUGAAAAAGGCUUCACCAACCAAAGCGCGCAGGAAACUCGGGAAGAAGGGCAGGAAAAUGGCCGGUCGGAAAAGAGGACGUCCCAAGAAACUUAUCUCAUCUGCUAGUGAACACAAGCCCUCCAAAUCCCCAACUGCACUGGAAACCCUACAUUCACAGAAUGGCCCUCCACCUCAGUCACCAACACAGUCAAGCCCUCAGGGUACAUACAAGUCACCUCAAAGCCCAUAUUUUCAACUACCUCCAAAAGUGCAGCGUCAACCUUCCAAUCAGCUGUUGUCUUCUCCUACACCUCCCGCCCUACAGAAGUUGCUUGACUCUUUUAGGAUACAGUACCUUCAACUUAUGUCUUACAUGAAGACUCCUCAGUACAAAGCUGGACUGAAGCAUCUGUUAGAGAAGGAAAAGAAGAAAAAUUCUCAUCUUCUUGGUGCUGCUCAACAGCUUCUCACUCACUGCCAGUCUCAAAGGGAGGAAAUCAAGAAACUGUUUCAGCAGAAGCUUGACGAGUUGGGAGUCAAGGCCUUGACUUACAGUGAUCUCAUCCAGGCCCAGAAGGAGAUAUCUGCUCACAACCUACAGCUGAAAGAACAGAGCCGUCAACUGGAGCAGGAAAAUGGUGAGCUGAGGAACCGCAGUUUGCAGUUGUUGAAAGCCCGUUGUGAAGAAUUGAAAUUGGACUGGAAUACACUGUCCCUGGAGAAUCUGAUAAAGGAAAAAUUGGCAUUGAAAAACCAGAUAUCAGAGAAGCAGAAGCACUGCUUGGAGUUGCAGAUCAGCAUUGUUGAGCUGGAGAAGUUUCAGAGGCAACAUGAGCUGCUUCAACUUAAGUCUUCGACUUUGUCAGAUGAUCCACCACCAAACAGUCGCUCUAAGGGUGGCUUUGGUGUUCGCUACCCAUCAGAUGUAUCGCAUACACGUUUUCCUCCCACUCAAUCUUCCAACACCAAUGGCUUGAGCCCAGAGCUCUCAAUCAAUGGUCAUGCAUCUCACUACGAACUGUACCACUCAUGCCGCAUUGGGGGAAGCAGACCAUGCUCUAAAGAGGGCACACCUUCCCAUUUGGAGCAUGCUGACGGUGUUCAGAGUACCCUAAUGCAUGUAUCACGACACAAGGGAGAGCGAAGUUGUCAUUCGCAACCAGACUAUACCAGAUACUCACCUGCCAAAAUUGCAAUGAGACGUCACCUGAAUCAAGAUCCAGCACCUAACUGCAGAAGCUCUGAAAUAAAUCAUAGAAGUGAGGUAGUGAAAGAGAACAGCUUUAUGCCCACGAGUCCGGGGAUUUUGAAUGGCAUCCAGCUCAGUCCUCGGGAAUCGCACCCUUCAUCUCCUGAGGCUGGACAGAAUUCUACUGAAAGAGUAGCUGACAAGCUGUUAAGAGACCGGAGCUCUCCUGCUAAUCCUGAAACAAUCACCAGUUUGCCUAUUAGUAUCCCACUGAGCACAGUCCAACCUAACAAACUGCCAGUCAGUAUCCCUUUGGCCAGUGUUGUCCUGCCAAGCCGUGUUGAGAAGAGAAACAGCCCUAGUCCUGGGUGUCAUAGCAGGGACAGCUCAAAUACGGAGAAUCAAUAUGGUGCUACAUUUAACAACUUCAAUUAUGCUGCGGUCUCCAAACCAUUGGCUACCUCAGGUUUCUUUUAUCCAACCUGGUCAUCCUCUCUGAAUGGACCAGUUUUGAACAGCCAUGGAUCAGAGACUGACUGCAUGGACGACUCUUCAAAUUCAGGCACUCUUUCCAACUCUGGAGGUUCUCGGAGCUCCACCCCUUCCCAUCACCAGCAGUCCUCUCAGCGUUCGCCUGCUCACUAUCCUAACAGUCCCCAUGCAGAUCCAAGUAAAGUUUCUGGUGAAGGGGAAAUAGACACCAGCGAUGCAGAAAUAGAAGCCAAGAGGCGAAUAAUAUUCACUAUAACCAGUGGAGGUGUUAGCUCUUCAGGGAGGUCACCAUCAAAUAAACAUAGCCCACUUACUGCCACUAUUCGUAUGGAGUGUGGACCAGGUCAAGACGGUAGAAGAAGAGGAAACCGCAGGAAGAGAUCCUCUGCAGGCUGCCACACGUUAGGAAUUUCACCAAAACGCAGAUCCCUUUCAUCCUCCCUUGGUUUGAGUGGGUAUACGUCGGGGUCUCCACUGAACAUCAGCUCCAUGGUUAAUAAUAUUAACCAGCCCUUGGAGAUCACUGCUAUCUCAUCUCCAGAAAACUCAUUGAAAAGCUCCCCUGCUCCAUACCAAGAUCAUGAAUUGCCCCCAGUGUUAAAAAAAGAGAAACCCAUUCCCUCAACUAAUGGAGUUCAUUAUUCGCCUCUCACAACAGAGGACGAGAUGGAGUCUGAAGAUGAUAUCCACAGUGCAAGGACAGAAAGAAAAAAUUCGAACUUAUGCUUCGAGAGCAAAGACUCCCCACAGAGGAGUGAAGGGGAGAGAGGUAUACCGUACCCCGGCAGAAAAUCCUCUUGUGAGAGUGUAGGCAAAUGGAAAUCCACCUUCUCCCCGAUCUCUGAUGCAGCUCCCAGCCGCACCCCUGACAGCCCUUCUUCACCCCCACGCUACAAUGCCCAUUAUCCAUCUGGUGAUGGGGUCCGUCGAGGUUCUGGGGGUACAAGCCCAGGGUCAGCUAGCAAUUUUGGCGAUCACACAAGAGCAGAAGUGGGAAAGGCACCAGAGGGCAACUUGUUCCUGAGUAAAAAGUUUGCAUCUGAUGGUGGAAAGAGAGAGGAAAGGGGUCCUGCUUCAAGAGUUGAUCGCUCCAGAGCUCCCCGCAGUCGAGAAAGGGAAGGGGAGGGACGAGCAGGGACUAAUUUAUUUAUGACACAGGGAAAGGGAGUCCUACUGAAUGGGAAGGGGCCUGGCCCGACUCCCCUCCACACACACCACCAGUUCUUGAGCAGUCUGACAGCCAACUCCCAGCUAACGCUGCAGAGUGGCCUCACUUCAGUGGCCAGCAAUUCAGUACUGCAAUCUCUCUUCAGUUCUAUGCCUAUACAUGUAAGUGGGCCAGCCGGCCGCCUAGCUAACUCCCAUGGCAUGGCCAGCUUCACAGCUCCUGGAGUGACCGGUGGUACAGUAGGAGGUAUCUAAACGUCUACCUCAAUUGAACUCACCUAUGCAAAGACGGAACUGCUUUUUUUUUUUUUUUUUUUUUUUGUGUGUGUGUGUUUUUGUUGUUUUGUCAACCUUCCAUAAAAAGGUGCUUAUCACAUUUUGAGGGCAGCAGUUUCCUCCCUCAAUCCUUCCUUUUGUAGCUACCACUGGUUAAACCUUAAAAUCACUUAAUAUUUUACUGAUCUCUGUGCCAGGACACACACACACCAUUAUUCCACUGUGAAUGAGAACUCAAAAGCAAAAUCCGGGGGGAAAAAACUAUUGUCAUUUUUAUUUAUAUAUAUUAAAAAAUAUAUAUAUUUUUUUUUUAUUCCUUUUUAGAAAUUUAUUAUUGUGGGUUUCCUUUUGGAGGACAAAGUUCAACCGAUGAGCAAAAAAAAGUAGUGGCACAUGGCUUUUGGAUUCACGUGAGGGGCACAGGAGGUCUUCUGUUAUCCCUGGUGCAUAUUCAGUUGGUGCUAAAUAAACAAGUUUGUGCCUCAGUAAACUGGUGCUGUAACUUGCGGUGCUCUUUGGACAGUACACACUGGAACUAUGGAUCCAUUGUGUUGGUUAAUUAUGUGCUUAAUUUAUUGAUGACUUCUGUACCAAUAUAACCAAAGUACAUUUUGUUCUGUUCCUAGUAGGAUGUCAGAUUGCUCGUCGGCUCACAGAAUUUUACUCUCCUCCGUUUUUUUGGGGAUUUUUUUUUUUUGUUUGUUUGUGGGUUUCCUUUUGGCCAGAAAAAGAAAUGGCAGCUAAUUUUGUGAUUGUGUCAGUAGGAACUGUUUUGCCUCAGUUUUUGAAGGCACAGUUAUUGGUAGGCCCAGAAGUGUUGGUAGAUGUAAAUGGUGACCUAUGACCAGAAGUUAACAUUUAAGGAAGUUUGCGUUUUCCAAAAAAAUACUUGAUUUAACUCAAAUAUAUAAUUUAAGCUAUAAUGCAUACAUGUACAUAUAUUGUAAAUGUGUGUAUUUUACAUUUGUGUAUAGGUACAUAUAUAUGUGUAUAGACUUGCAUAUAUCUAAAUAUGUUUAUGCAUCUGAAACGUCUCACAGUAGUACAUGUAUAGGGGCCAAACAUGGACAAUCUCUCUAGAAAUUUGUGGUGUAACUUGUAUGAUCUAACAUCAUAACAAGCUAGGAUUUCAGUACAGUAUGUACCAAACACAUAGUUGCCAACAUUUUAAAAUAAUUUCCAAUGUCAAUUUUUGCUGCUGAGCUGUUUUUAAACAGUUGAGGGGUGAUUCUUUAGACCUAGGGGCACUACAAUCCCAGUCUAGACAAGUGUAGUGAAUUUAAUUACAACACUUCUGUGCGUUUUCUAUACUCUUAAGCUAAUAUUUAUUUAUAAUGUCUACAUAAAAAAAUGAGAAGAAUUUCAAAUAACAUGCUAACAUUUUUGUAUUUUUCAAAAUAAUAUAAAAAGUGGCAUUGGCAAGAACAAACAUUUCUAGAGACAUAACUUUUUAACUUAGGAAGGUGCUUAGACAUUAGAUAUAGUGGGCAACUAUAUCGAACGCAGCAAAGUGCUUAGCCCUUUGUACGGUAAAGGCUACAGUUGGGGCAGGUUAUUGUCCCUCAUACUGUAUAGUAUAGCCAUAAAUUAGGAUGUGGAUUUAACAAAUUACUGAUUCUAUAAUUUGGAAUCUUUGGUUUACACUUAAGACAUUAUAGUAAAUUUUAUUAAUGAGGUUUGAGUAAACUCAAACUUCAGGGCUUGAGUAAACUCAACGCUUGAUCUCCUUGAGGAAGGGUAUGCUAUGAGCGCAAGACAUUUUACUUCUACUCAGUGUAUUAAACCCAACAACACAUGGGUAUAAAUGAUGUAAUCCUGAAAUGCUCACCUCUUGUGACCAUUUGGAUUCUAUUAUUUUACUAUGGACCCAAACAUAUUUGAUAAUUUGCAAUUUUAAAUAGAACAGUCUUUAAAAUACUAUUUUACAUUUUAUUAACCAUACCUGUUACAUCAAAACAACUAAUUGGUUUACUUUGCAGCCAUGUUCCAUCUAUGUUGCUAUUGUUUGUAACAUUUUUCACUCAAGCAAAAAAUGCCCCCCUGCCCAAGACUUAAGGUUAAGAUUUUUUGGGGGUAGAUUGGAACAAAUACUAAAUAGCACAUGGGCUGAGCCUCCAUAAACCAACGGAUAUACAGAUUUUUGCAUUCCAAAACUGGUUCUGGUGAAGGCAUAUAAUAUGCUAUUUUACUGGCCUUAAUAACUUGCUUAAAGCAACAUUUUACAACUGUUCUUUGACUGAGAGUGGUUUAAAUAAUAUAAAUAUAUACAUAUAUAAAUAUAUAUAUAAAUAUGGGUGCUUGGCAGUUUGUAUAAUAGAAUUCAAUUUGGUCUAUUUUUUUGUCUUGAAUUAGGAGGCUUAGAUUAAACAAAUGUUUGUAAGAAACACUUUAAAUUUCUUCUUGGUUAGUAAUUAUUUUGAUACUUGCCCUUAUGCCUUGUAAGAUUUUUCCCAUACUCUAUCAAUGCUGUUUUACCUUCAUUUUUGUAGAUCGCUGCUUUUGACAUUUUGAAAAGUGGUAGUAAAAAAAUAAAGUUCACCACAGAUUUUUUUUUUUUUUAAUCUGUUUUUAUUUGUUAUUUAGUGAAGGCUGUAUAGAAAUCCCGUGAAAAAAUAUUGGUUGGUUUUCUUAAUUUCUGAAAUUGUGUAUAAAUAAAACUUUAUUUAAAUUUCCA